AUGCAACCCGUACGGAGAAUAGCCGACCGACUCGAGAAGCCUGAAACAGAUGAUCGAGAGUAUCGAGUGGUAGAGCUGUCAAAUAAGCUGGAAGCCCUGCUGGUCCACGACAACAAGACCGAUAAGGCCAGUGCAGCUCUCAAUGUCAAUGUCGGCAACUUCAGCGAUGAGGAGGAUAUGCCUGGAAUGGCUCACGCCGUAGAGCAUUUGCUUUUCAUGGGCACUAAGAAGUAUCCAGUCGAAAACGAGUACAGCUCAUAUCUCUCCUCCAAUUCAGGCUACUCGAAUGCCUACACCGCCGCCACACAGACCAACUACUUCUUCGAGUGCGCCGCAGUGAACGAGGGCCAACAGACAACAAAUGGCACCCACACGAAUGGCGUCACGAACGGUGCAGCGAAAGGUCCUCUUUACGGCGCGCUCGAUCGAUUUGCGCAGUUCUUCGUCGAGCCGCUUUUCCUCGAGAACACCCUAGACCGAGAGAUGCGGGCGGUGGACUCCGAAAAUAAGAAGAACCUACAGAAUGAUAUGUGGAGGCUGUCUCAACUGGCCAAGUCAUUGUCCAAUCCCAAACACCCGUAUCACCACUUCUCUACUGGUAACUUGAAGACCUUGAAGGAGGACCCUGAGAAGCGAGGAGUCAAGAUCCGAGAUGAGUUCAUAAGGUUCUACGAGAAGCAUUACAGCGCCAACCGCAUGAAGCUGGUUGUGUUGGGCCGGGAGUCGCUGGACGAGUUGGAGGAGUGGGUCGUCGAACUGUUUUCGGGCGUCAAGAACAAAGAUCUGCCAGAGAACCGAUGGGACGAUCAGCGGCCACUUUCAAAGGAAGAGCUAUCAACCGAGAUCUUCGCGAAGCCGGUCAUGGAGUCGCGGUCUCUCGAGAUCAGCUUUCCGUGGCAAGACGAGGAGGACAUGUAUGAGACACAGCCUGCUCGGUACAUUAGCCAUCUGAUCGGUCACGAGGGCCCGGGCAGCAUCCUGGCAUACCUCAAGGACAAAGGACUUGCCAACAGCCUGUCUGCUGGCUAUCACACUGUCUGCCCAGGAUCAGCAUUCUUCGAGAUCGAGAUCAGCUUAACGCCCGAAGGUCUAGAGAAGUAUCGAGACGUGGUCAAGAUCGUGUUCCAGUACGUCAGCAUGAUGAAGCAAGAUCCGCCGGUCGACUGGAUGCAUGAAGAGAUGAAGAACAUGGCGGAGGUCGACUUCCGAUUCCGACAAAAGUCGCCCGCCAGUCGUUUCACAAGUGGCACAAGCAGUAUUAUGCAGAAACCCUUGCCGAGAGAGUGGCUAUUGAGCGGCAUCAGCAAGUUCCGAAAGUUCGAUCCGAAGGCUAUCGUCAAUGCCAUGCAAUUCCUGAAGGACGACAACUUCCGGCUUAUGAUUGUUGCUCAGGACUUCCCUGGAGACUGGAAUGAGAAAGAACGGUGGUAUGGCACGGACUAUAAGGUGCAGAAAUUCCCGGUCGAGGUCCACGACGAAUUCCGAAAGGCAUUGGCAGCUUCAUCCAGUGAGCGGCCUGCAGACUUGCAUCUACCACACAAAAACGAGUUCAUCCCAACGCGGCUAGAUGUCGAGAAGGUGGACGUGAACGAGCCAGUCAAGACGCCCAAGCUGCUACGAAACGACGACAAGAUGCGCUUGUGGUGGAAGAAAGAUGACUCGUUUUGGGUGCCGAAAGCGAACGUCAACAUUCUCCUCCGCAACGGCCUGACAUACGCUACACCGGCCAACUACGUCAAGACUUCUCUUUUCACAAGCCUCGUGAAGGACGCCCUGACGUCUUAUUCCUACGACGCAGAAAUAUCGGGUCUAGUGUACAAUGUAGUUGCAGAUCCAUAUGGCAUGAAUGUGCUGGUCCAUGGCUACAAUGACAAGCUCAGCGUCCUCCUGGAGAAAAUCUUGACGACGAUCCGUGAUCUUGAAUUGCGACAAGAUCGAUUCGACAUCAUCAAGGAACGCAAGACCCGGCAGUUCAAGAAUUGGGACUUUCAACAGCCUUACCACAUCGUCGGGGAGUACACCCGGUGGUUAUUGAAUGAGAAAGCGUGGAUGACACAUCAGUAUGCCGAGGAACUGCCACAUAUCACCCUGGAGGACCUUAAGUCAUUCGCCCCUCAACUCAUCAAUCAAGCACAUAUCGAGAUCCUUGCCCACGGCAAUCUUUACAAGGACGAAGCCAAGAAGCUCGGCUCCCUCGUCGAUUCAACGCUACGCCCUCGCAUUCUCCCUUCCUCACAGUGGGCGCUGCGCCGCAACAUGAUCUUACCAGAAGGCUCGAACGCCGUCUACAGAACAAAGCUAGCCGAUCCAGAGAACGUCAACCAUGGCAUUGAGUACUACAUCCAAGUCGGCGGCGUCAUGGACCAGGAACUACGCGCUAAGCUACAGCUCUUCAGCCAGAUCACCGAAGAGCCCGGCUUCGACCAACUACGUACCAAGGAACAGCUUGGGUACGUCGUCUGGUCCGGCACACGUGCAGCCGCGACGAUGAUGGGCUACCGCAUUCUCAUACAGUCCGAACGCAACCCAGAGUAUUUAGAGACACGGUGCGACGCCUUUCUGCUCAAGAUGCGCGGCUACAUCGAGGAAAUGAGCCAGGAGGACUUUGAGGGCCACAAGCGCAGCUUGAUCACCAAACGACUGGAGAAACUCAAGAACCUGGACUCAGAGACGGGCCGACUGUGGACGUAUAUCAACUCAGAGCACUUCUCCUUCUUCCAGGUCGACCAGGACGUCGAAGCUAUCCGCAAACUCACCAAGAAAGACGUCAUCAAGUUCUAUACUCAAUACCUCGCCCCAGAGUCCCCCCGACGGGCUAAAUUGGCCAUUCACCUUGAGGCCAAGAAAGACGCGAGUGAGGAGCCGGCGCCGGAUACGGCGGACCAGAGAAACCAAUUGGUCGAGGUGGCUGGUCAGUUGUUGCAGAGCGCGAAUGUCACACCCGACGAAGUCCGCCUGAGCGCGGCUUUCGAGAAGCUUGACAUCACAGACAAAGCCGCCGUAACCGCGUCCAUCAUCUCAGCAGCUAGGGAGGCCUCUGCCGGGGAACUGCAAAUUGAGCAAUUGUCAACACAGCUUGAGGAAGCAAUUCCUCAGGUCUUCAUGGCUCUCAAAAUCACGCCAGCGGCCGCCCAGGAGGGCGAAGAACAGGUCAAUGGCCAGAAUACGCCUCAAGUCGAUGUUGCAGCUCCCGUGGUCAUCAAUGAUGUCGUGAGAUGGAAGGCCGGUCUGGAGAUCAGCCGUGGCCCUGUGCCGGUCGUCGAUCUGAAGGACUUUGAGGAAGUGGAAGCAAAAUUGUAG